GCGAACAUUUCUCAGCGUGUACAGAACAGCUAACAGCACCUUCACAUGUGAUUAUCCAGAUGUUUACGAGUCCCACAUAAAGUUCUUCUGUAAAAAGAAACGUUUUACCUGUGAGGACAUUUUAUCAACGCCAAAAGGGACGUUUACUCUCACAGGCAGCAGCCGUGCCUUGAACAUUUCCAUCAGUCAUGUGAACUCACAGGAUGCUGGUGAUUACUGGUGUGGAGUAAAAUCAAAUGAUGGAAGUUACAGAUUAUCACACACACAAGUACACCUGAAAGUUAUAGAUAUUGAACCUUUGCCAUCAACUAUUGGGCAGAACUUCACAUACCAGUGUAAGUACAACCGGGAUGCCUCCUCAUGUAUAAAAUUCAUCUGCAAAGGAGAAGAUUCAACUGUAUGCAAACAGCUAGUAACCAGCACAGAGCCUGACGUGAACCAGAGAUUUAUAAUGAAAGAGAACAACGGGAGUAUCACCAUUACAGUGAGAGAAGUAACAGCAAACGAUAGUGGGAUAUACUGGUGUGGAGCAAGAGUCCCUCACAAACACAAUCAAACACAUGACGACUUCUUUGAUGGAUUUAAUUUGACUGUAGGUCUGAACCAAGGAAGUAUUCUCCAUCCACAUGAGAAUAAGAAUUUUGUCGUCGUGUUGACCGUCUGUAUGGCUUUUCUGCUGCCAGUGCUGCUGAUGGUUGUGAUAGUUUUGAUCCUUAUUUACAAACGCCUUUCAUCUUCAAAGGAUACAGGAAGUGAAGCAACAGCACAGUAUAUCAAAGAGGACAAUAUCUAUGAAGAAAUAGAGGAGCAUUUCCAGAGUCCAGGCUCAGAAUAUGCCACAAACACAGUUUAUCUCACCGUCGAUCAUCCUACAAACCAUCCUGCCUCACUCCAUUACUCCACCAUCAACUUUCCGAUCAGCUCUGACAUAGCUGCUGCUGAGACACUGAUCCUCACACCCAGCUCAUCGGCCUGCAAAUAUUCGACUGUGAAGCACAGCACGAGUCUGACUACGUCGACUGCCACACACCCACCCAGACCUCCACAGGAGCCUCUCUACUCAAAAGUCAACAAGUUGAAGCCAAGACAGAAAUAAGACUCUCAGUGAUGCGAUCCACUCCUGUCAACCUCAAACCCACCUCAGCUGGAGCCAUCCAAACCUCAGUCUACAUCCUCACCACCACCACCUGGACUCUGGUGGGUCCUGUCCUAAAACUGCUGGGAUUGUGUUCUGCCAUGAUGAGCUGCUGGAGUCUGACUGCCAAAUACAAUCAUUUCUCUAUGUCAGUAAAUCAUGUUCUUUUAAGUGAACUCUCCUUAUUGAAACACUUUUGAGACACAUCCCUGGUGUCCUUUUAACAACCCCACAGACUGCAGUGAUGGGUUACUUUUUUCAAGCAGCUGCGCGCGCUCCCGCGGACGGUAAUCACGAUCACUGUCUAACACA